AUGAGAUUCUCUACUGCCUUUUCCGUUGCUCUAUUGUCUUUCGCUAAAUUGAUUGUUGCUGAUUCUGAGCAAUUCGGUCUAGUCACCAUCAGAUCCGGUUCUGCUUUGCAAUAUGCUGGUGUCUACAGUAAAGACGGUGCUUUAUACUUCGGUAGUGGCGACUCUUUGUCUGGUGUAAUCACUGAUGAUGGUAAAUUGAAGUUCACUGACAACACUUACGCUGUUGUUGGCGACGAUGGUUACCUAACUGCUUCUUCUGAUGAAUCUACUGCUUCCACGGGUUUCUCCAUCAAGAGCGGUUAUUUGGCUUACGCUGACAAAAACGGCUUCUACGGUGUCUUAGAAGACAGCUCAUACAAGGUUGCUACUAAGAGUGAAAGCAGUGACAGCUUGCCUGUUGCUAUCUCUGCUAGAGGUUCUGACGGCCAAGUUGUCCCAGACUUCUCUGCUGACGGUUCCUCUUCCUCUUCCUCAGCUGCUCCAGAAAGUAGUUCUGAAACUUCCUCAGCUGCCCCAGAAACUUCCUCAGCUGCCCCAGAAACCACUACCAUUGCUCCAGAAACCACAUCAAAGGAUUCUAACGUCGUCCAAACUGUUGCCCCAGUCUCUCAAAUCGGUGAUGGCCAAAUUCAAGCUACCACUGGUACUCAAUCCGUCUGGAUCAAGACUGAAUCCGGCAACAACGCUGGCAAGGUCACCUUCGGUGCCGGUGCUGGUAUCGCCGCCAUCGCUGCUCUAUUGUUGUAA